AUGCGGAUCGUCCGAACAAUAGGACAGGCUUUCGACGUCUGUCAUAGGUUGGCGCUUCAAAAGAGGGAGGCCGAAGAUUCCUCCAAGGCUGCAAAGACAGAGGAGGAAACUGAGGGAACUGGCAACAGUGCGAAUGAAAAGACCCGACGCAAAGUCACCCCCAGAAAGGCCCUCGAACGUGGUCAUCGGAGUCACUCCCCC